UUCUGUUUAGGUUACUAUUUUUUUACUUGAAUUUAAACACCUUAUUAUUGCAUCUCCUUCUGUAAUCUACCACGACACUGACAGAUUCCUGGGCUGGACCGCCUUUGAUUAGCAUCUUAUGUUAUUCUGUUCAAGAUGGCGGUGGCGAGCAUGGAAAAGGACGCGAUAAACACCGAAGAUGAUCUUCACCUUAACAAUUCAUUCGGGGAUGCUGGACUUAUCUCUCCCUAUAAAGAAGACAUCUCGCGCAUUCUGACAGUUCCUUUCAGUGGACGGAUCAAAGGUGGGAUGAGGCCUGGGAAGAAGAUCAUUGUCAUGGGCAUCAUUGAUCCAGAGCCAGACAGCUUUGACAUCAGUUUGAUGUCUGGCCAUGGUGGUGACAAGGAUGAUGAGGAGCUUGCGGAUGUGGCCCUCAAACUCCACGCACGAUUCACUGACCGGCAGUUCCUGAGGAAUGCAAAGAUUUCGGGGAAAUGGAGUGAGGAGGAGUCAACCAUAGCUUACUUCCCCUUCAUCCCAGACCAGCCGUUCAGGAUUGAGAUUCAUUGUGAGCACCAGCGGUUCAGGAUCUUUGUGGAUGGACACCAGCUGUUUGACUUUUAUCACAAAGUAAAGUCUUUGCUGGCCAUUAAUAUGAUCAGGAUAGAUGGGAGUCUUCAGAUCACUAAGCUGGGCUAACCAAGCAAUCUGAGCACGCUCAAGAAAGGACUUUGCACAGGUGACUACGCCCACCUGAGCACUUGCCACAAGCAGCGAAAGCUUCUGGGCCGUCGGUCACACAAAGGCAUCAACAUCAUCUGCAUUUUUCUAAACUCACUCUGUUUCCCUUUUCCCCUCUAACUACUUAUUGUAAUGACUUCUGAGUAUUGUAUCAUAACAGGUUGGUCAAAGAUUGCAAAAUCAAAUGUGUGUCUUUGCUACACAUUGUAGCUUAUUUGUUUUUUUUUUUUGUUUUUUUUAGUGUCUGUAAUUUUUCAUGGAUUGCAUAAUUUGAAAUGCACUCUUUGGCAGUACCAUGCACCACUGGGAUUUAGCUGCUCUGAAUAGACACUGCCAGUGUAUGCGUGUUUGUAGUCUUGCAGUGUAGUUUCAAAAUUGAUCCAAGACUCAGGAAAUCGGAUGACGUUGGCUUGCUUAAUCAUUUUAAACAAAUGUCUAAAUCAGAAUGAAAUUGUGUAAGAUAAGCUGUCUAGAAGUACAAAGUACUAUCUUGAAGUGGCUGCUAGAAUAUGGAGCUCAGAUUUUACAUUUGGCAUUCCACCCUGGUUUGGUUUGAUGUCUGCAUUAUUUACUCUUUAAGUUCAGUUACCAAAAUAUUUUGGGGGGGGUGGGGGAGAUAAUAUUUGAUCUCCGGCUUUUGUAGCAGGGUGUAUAGCAGAUAUGUUUUAAAUAGUGUACCUUUCUUGUUUAUUGCAACUAUUCAUUUUUUGUGAGAUUAUGCACUAAAAUAUUGUUGAUUGUCAUGAGUAUUAUUUUAUUUGAUGGCUUUAAAAAAUUUUGGCUUGAUCAUCCAAAAAUUAUUUUCCAAGCCAACUCGAUAUUUUAUGACAAAAGUAGCCUAUAAUAAUGGUUUAGUUAGUCCUGGAGUGCAUUAAGGUAAAAGACCAAAACAAGAGCUAGAACAAAUUUGAAAUAACUGGUAUAGGCAUUUUGAAAAAUACUGUAAAGGAGGGGAGGAGGAGGGAUGCUGGAAAUUUUGUUACUGUUGCGUGGGAAGCAGCCGCUUUUCUGACCCUUUGCCCAUUUUAGAGUCUUUGCAGCAGUUCUGAAUGUGUUCAUUGCACUGCAGUGCUAAAACCUAACAUUCUUCUGAUCGGUCAGUAUUAUAAUAUUGGGUAUUAAGGUCAGUAUUGUUAUAUUGUGUAAUGUUGUAAUAUUAUACUCUCACUCACUGCUUGUGUCCAGGAAGACAUUAAACACUUCCUGUUAAGAGGGAGUUAAAUGCUGAUCUUUUUUUCAUUCUCUACUGAACUGCUUGACUGAAUGUCAUGUAAUGGAAUAAUGUCUGGCAUAAUGCUAUUAUAUACCACAGAGUACUUCACACCAGCCAAGAUCCAUCUGCCCUCAUCAGAGUUUGAUCCAAAUCACAUUGAAGUUAGAAUAUUUAUUGAGUGCAAUAGGGAACUGUGAUGAGGAGGUGGGUGGGGCCGGGCCAUGAGGACACACGCCUGACACUGAAUUUUCCUAAUCAGCCGGGAGGGGGAAAAAGACUAGCCUGAGGCGCCAGUUCUAGAGCGGCCACUUUAAGUUGAUUUAUGUCAUUAAAGUUAUGUUGACUGUUCUGCCGGUUCCCACCUCCUCCUUGCCCAUCCCGAAGCCUGUUACAGGAACUUUUCUAUUCUCCCUAUUGUUUUGAAAACAACAUUCUGUUUGUACUUGAAUCAGUCUCUAUACUGGCUGGUGUUUUCUGCAAUUGUUCAUGUGCCUCAGAUUCAUGUUCAAGCAGAGCUAGUUGAAUAAGUAUCAGUACUGCAACACAAGCAAUAUGGUCUUUGACCACAAACAUGUCUUUGUCUUGUAAAGCUAACAAUGAUCCUCUUGUGGACGGGGCUGAUGCUAGGGUGCGACCUUUGGGAGGAGGGGCUUUAUGAUCUUGAGGCUGAGCAAGUGCUUGUCCCUUUGUCGGACUGGGGUGGGUGGGCCUUGAUAGUUUCGCCAUCCAUUCUGAAUUGGGGCCUCCCUAAACCCGACUAUGCUUGUGGAUCAAUAUUGAACCUCAAAACACAUUUUGAUAUGCAGAGUUAAAUGAGACAUAUUUAGGAGCUGAAGCCUGGCCACCACGACACAUUUAACAGUAUUGCCAUUAUUACUGCUAAUUCUUUAUGGUGUAAGUUGCUUAAUUCUGUAUGAUGCUUUUUUUAAAGGUGAAGCUGAUCAUUUUGGGCAUCAUUUUGUCUCUGAACAGCAAGUUUGUCAGGAUAUCCAAAAGGUGUAACAUUUGGACAAUUGAAAAACAGGGAGGGAGAAGGCUUGUUCAAAAGUUUAACAGGUGAAGCAUAGCAUAUUAAGGGCAAUAGUGUUGACUUGUAACAGGCCGAUUUUUGUAUUUUCCCUAUGAUCCUACUAAUCUUCUUAAUAACAGAUUCUAGUUCUAAUGCUUCCAUCUCCAAUGCUAUUUUUUGGCUUGUAUCUCAAAAUAAAUUGUAACAAUCCUUAAAAUGAAUGUCAUGGUACCUAACUGCAAACUAUUGGUACAUAACCUUUAAACUUUGGAUGUACAUAUACUAAAUGAGGCCUCUGUAUGCUUCAUUUUUUUUUUUUUUUUAAUAUGUAUCUUUUUUUUAUAUUUCUUAUUUUCUGAUGGCUAUUCAGAGCUUUCUUCUUAGAGCCUUACAAUGUCUUUUUUUUUUUUUUUUGUAUUUUUUUUUAUUUUUUAUUUAAGGACUAUUUCAGGAGGACAAUCAGCAGGUUAUAUAUAUUUAUAAAGUGGCCCAUUAUUUGAACUAGUUCGUAGUGUUGAAAAAAAAAUGUAGUUCAAACUUUUUCAUGAGUUACAUCAAGAUUUGGAGAGUAGAAAUUGGUUUCACAUGCUUUCAGAACUUGAAAUGUGCCUGUUGAAAUAUGGAUGUGGUGUUUGGGAUUUAUAGUUCAGAAUUUCUACUAAUGUUUACACCAAUAGUCUUAAAGGGUUAGUUCACCCAAAAAUGUAAUUCUCUUAUCAUUUACUCACACUCAUGCCACCCCAGAUUUGUAUAACUUUCUUUCAUCUGCUGAACACACAUUAAGAUUUUUAGAAGUAUUUCUCUGCUAUUUUGGUGUGGUGAGAAACGGAUCACUUUCACAUUCUUCUUUUGUUUUUGGUGAUUCACAUUCUUCAUGCAUAUCAUCCCCUGCUGGGCAAGGAGAAGAAUUUCAAGCACAAAAUGACUUAAAUAUUGUUCUGUUUCUCACCCACACCUAUCAUAUCGCUUCAGAAGAUAUGGAUUAAAACCCUGGAGUCGUAUGGAUUACUUUUAAUGAUGCCUUUAUGUGCUGUUUGGAGCUGCAAUAUUUUGGCACCCAUUCUUGUGCAUUGUAUGAAUCUACAGAGCUGAGAAAUUCUUCUAAAAAUCAUAAUUUGUGUUCUGCAGAAGAAAGAAAAUCAUACACAUCUGGGAUGGCAUGAGGGUGAGUAAAUGAUGAGAGAUUUUUAGGUGAACUAUCCCUUUAAGUUUUUAAUUGCAUUUCAAGUUCUAUUUAAUUUCUGUCAGGGUAUUGUUUGCCCCCAGAAUUCACUUAAGAUAUGUUGCAAUGUGGUACACCUAAAGAGUGGCAGCUGGAUGAAAAGGGGUAGUGCAUAUAAAAAUGUGCAUUACUACUACCUAAAUGUACAUUUUAAGAUCUUUCAUCCAAGUGAUUUAUACUGUUUUGACAUUGUCACCAGGACAAACUCAAGUUUAUCUGAAAAAUUGGUAUGUGUGUGUGCAUUAUUGAUUGUGUUUGGUUUUAGACAAGGUAUUGUUAUUUCAUGAAUUUUGUAACCUUGAUGAGUUCGUGUUUUUUUUUUUUUUUAACCGAUUUACACACCAAUAAACCAAUCCUUAAAGCA